AUGGGUACUCUCCUACAAUACGUUAAAAGCCAAUUUUCUGAUGCUAUUAGUCAAGUUAUAAAUGAGUCUUAUACAGCAAAUGUUGUUGCUGCUAAUCCUAAAUUUGGGGAUUAUCAAUGCAGAGUAUUAGAGUACAAAAAUUACCAAGUUACACGAAUCAAUCAUUUGGGAGAUUGGGGCACUCAAUUUGGAAUGCUUAUACACUAUAUUAGCGAAAAUGUACCCGAUUUUCAAAGUCAAAACCUCAGUCUUGAAGACCUUACAAAAUUUUACAAGUUGGCUAAGCAAAGGAUACCGCAAGUUGUUCAAGAAGCAGAAGAGAAAGGGUUAAUUACGGUGUCAGAUGGAGCGAAAUGUUUAUUUGUUGAAGACGAUCCAGUCCCUUUAAUAUUAGUUAAAUCUGAUGGAGGAUACGGCUACGAUAGUACAGAUUUUGCUGCAAUUAAACAUAGGCUAGUUAUUGAGAAACACGAUAUAGCGAUCUAUGUUACUGAUUCUGGUCAAAGUAGUCAUUUUAAUAAAAUAUUUAAAGCCGCUGAAAUGAUGGGCUGGUAUAAUUUAGAAAACCAGCGAUGCGUGCAUGUCGCCUUUGGUCUAGUUCAGGCACAAAUUUUAUGCUGUAUUAUAAAAUUAUAGAAUUCUGAUGGAAAAAAAUUCAAGACCCGCUCGGGAGAAACAGUUAAAUUAACGGAUCUUUUAGAUGAAGCUGUUCAAAGAGCAAAAACUGAAUUGAUGAAUAGAAAAGAAAUACCUGAAGCCGAUAUAGAAGAUACUUCAAAAAAAAUAGGAAUUGCUGCUCUUCGAUAUUUCGAUCUUAAGCAAAAUAGACUAACAAAUUACAAAUUCUCUUUUGAUAAAAUGUUGGACCCCAAGGGCAAUACAGCAGUUUAUUUAUUAUAUGCCUAUGCACGUAUAUGUGCAAUAUUUCGAAAAGCUCAAAUUGGUGAUUCUCUAGUCUCUACAAAACAAUUAGCCACUACUUUUGCAGAUCAAGAACGUCAAUUACUUCUCUAUGUUCUCAAAUUUCCUGAUGUUAUUGAUUCUAUAUACUCCGAUUUCUUUGUGCACAAGUAA